GUGAACUAUCACAUGUAAUUACUCAAGUAUGCAUGUUGUUUGUAAAGCACCGAGAAAAAGUUUUACAUAUUUACAUUGUUAAAGUAACUCUUAAAAAGACUUCAGAAGAUAACAAAAACAGGUCAAAUCUAUGAACAAUAUAGUAACGUGAGUUUCUACAAAGUAAUUACAUGUCAAAUUUUAUGAUCGCUACAUGAAUAAUAGUGAUAUAGGUUUUUUAAGUUAUGACACUGUCAAAUGAUUAAGAAAGUAGGAAUGUUUGUCCUAUCGUUUGUUUAUUUUUCCAAACUUCAUUCACUUUAGGCAUUACAAACCAUCAGUGUUUAUGCUUAUACAAUAUAUAUUCCAUGCAAACAAGAAAGUGGAAAAUGAGAAUAUUUAUUUAAAACGUGUUAAAUACAGUGCCCUGACUCAGCUUUAUAGAUAUGACAGUCAGUGAAUUAUAACUCGAAUACGCUUCCAUAACCUCACGCUGCCAGUUUUAUUUUGUUGAUUUGUGGUAAACAUAUAACCGCGGCUCAAGAUGGAGUCCAUGAACUGGAUCCAGAAGUUCUUAAAAACCCAUUGUAAAGAGGUUUUCAUAACUGCCACAAUGGGGAUAAUAUUAGUCACGGUAAUCAGAAGGAGAAAGAAGAAAGUAAAGAAGACUUAUCCCCCGAACACUGUCAUUCAUCACAAUGUCGGCCGAGGACCGUAUGCACCAAGCCUUACCCCGUUUGCCGUGAAGCUGGAGACCUAUUUACGGAUGACAAAAGUUCCAUUUAUGACUGAGAAUGAUAGUGCCAGGAACAAAAGUUCAAAAGGGAAAAUGACUUGGAUAGAAUACAAUGGACAAGAAGUAGCAGACUCAGAAUUCUGUAUCCAGUUUAUAAACAAAAUAUUCAACAUUGACAUGGACAAGAACUUCUCUGAUGAAGAAAUUGGGGCAGGAAGAGCCAUCCAAAGGAUGGUUGAUGAACAUUUGUAUUGGACAGUUGCUUUACGACGCUGGGUUUUUGACCCCGAGCAUGGGAUUGAUGUCAAAAAACACAUGAAGGUUCCAUGGAUUUUUUUCCGUAUAGUCGGAAACAUGGUAAAGAAACAGAGUUACGCACAGGGGGUAGGCAGACACACCGAGGAAGAGGUGAUGCAAGUGAUGGAUGAAGAUCUACAGGCCUUGUCGAAGUUCCUGGGCAAGAAGAAGUUCAUGCUGGGUGAACAAGCCAGUCAGACCGAUUGUGCAGUGUUUGGAAUGUUAUCUCAGAUUCACUGGCACAGCUUUGGAGGUGCAGGAGAGAAGUUGUACAAAAAAUAUCCCAAUUUGAUUGCAUACUGUGAACGGAUGAAGGCGGAGUUCUGGCCAGACUGGGACGAUUGUAUUACCCACGGUGGGACGAGGAAAGCUGCCAAAUGAAUGCAUAAUAAUAAUAUCAAUUCAUUAGGCAUUUCACAAUAAGUGUCUCCAUAAUGCAGCUUAAAUCAACAACAUUUUGUAUAUUUUUAUAUAGAAUAUGGUAAUUUAUAUUUGCAUUUUGAUAUUUUAAUAAAAUCCAGUUCAUUUUGA